AUGUGGAAUCUGUCGAGGAUCCAAGUCCUCCAGACCUUCACAGCCAGUCGAUACGCAGAACCAACUGAGUAUCAACCGUCUGUCGCGGACGUCUUACAAGUAAAACGGUACCUGCAGCGCAAGCUUCCUAUGGAGCUUAUUGACAGGAUUAUCGACGAGGGAUGUUACUGGCCACACAGUACAGUCUACAUCGAGCGGCCCAUCACUGUUCCAAUUUACAAAGACGGAAAGCGUUCCGAAGUAGGAAUAUAUAUAAGAUCGCUCCCUAUUGGCGUUCACGGCACUGAGGGCGACUUCAGGUUCGUUGAGAAGGACUUCGAAGACGGUGGUGCAGCUUGGGAGAAGAAGUUGCGAAUUGGCGGACUGGACGACACCCUGCCGUCCGCACCGGUGCUAUCAACGCAUCCGUGCAGAAAGAUAGAGUUUCAGCUUUGGACUCAUGAUCAACGAUUGCGCAAGCAGUUUCCUCAUACAUUCACCGCAUCAUACGUAUGGUGCGAUGUCAGCAUAGAGAAAUUACAAGCACCCAUUUCUGACACCAUCGAAUGGCCGGCACGUUUUCUCUUCGACGAGUGCAACGCAGAGCUAUCGAUCAUCCCACGAGACACGGGCAGUCCGUUCUUUCCUCCCAGCAUGAAACUGCUAAAAAAUCUCGCGGCAAAGACUUCAGGAUCAGACCAUACCAUGUUUUGGCACGCCAGUGAUUCAUUUGACAAGGAUGCUGAUGGUGACUGUUUUUGGCAGUUUCUUGAUAAAACCUUCGACAGGCAAGCUGCCAAGACCGCAGAAGUGGGGAAAAUGGUGCGCAGCUUGCAAGUAGGAGAUUGCAUGACCCUGUUGGCUCAUGCUCGGUUUCCCGACUCCGAAGCUACAGUUCAUGAGGCCAGGGUCACUGUGUAUUGGGCGGUGUAG